UUCAAUUCUGCAUUCUCGUUCCUGUCAUGUCGCUUCCCGAAGAAAUCGUGGAGGAGAUUCUACUCAGGGUUCCCGUGAGUUCACUUCUUCCUUUAAGAACCGUCUGCCGCUCAUGGAGAACCCUAAUUUCGAGCUCCAAAUUCGCCAAGGACCAUGCUCGACGUUCAAUCUUGGUGGAUCCAACCUUGACACAUCCACGAAUUGCUUAUUACGGCGAUGACUACAAAUACCGAGGAAUCGGAAUCUUCUCAAUACGAUCCGUCUUCGAGAACACUUUUCGUGAGCCUACUCAAGUCACGUGCUUCCAGCACCAGACACAACGCUACUUCAGAGCCAUUGGCUCUUGCAAUGGAUUGCUCUGUUUGGUUGAUGAAGCUGAUCAUCCUAACACCGUGAAAGCCAUCUUGUGGAACCCCUGUACCGGAUCCACAUCCGAGCCGACGCCAGAAAUCGGUGGUUUCUUCGUUGUUUGCGGCUUCGGUUACGAUCGCGUCAGUGACAGAUACAAGCUCUUCGGGAUCCUAACAGAUUUGGAAUCAUAUAAACGCAGGUCUGUAAUUUACACAUUUGCCCCUAAUUCGUCAUGGAGAACGAUUCAGGAUGUGGAUUUGAACCUACUUGGUCAUAUCGACGUGAAUAACAGAGACGGAGAAUUUGUUAACUCCAGUAACAGUAACACUCUUAAUUGGGUAGGGAGAAAUGGCGUGGUUCUUUCCCUUGACUUAGGGAACGAGACUUACAGUUAUUUUUGUCUCCCUGAAAGAGAUCCGGAAGAUAAUCUGAGAGUUAGCGUGGAAUUAUCGGUGUUAAGGAACCGUCUUGCAGUUUGUUUUGAGCAUAAGAGAAGUGAUUGGGCUGUGUGGGUGAUGGAGGAGUAUGGAGUAACUGAAUCUUGGACUAGAUUGCCUUUAAUUCCACACCAAAUGGUUAAUCCUAAUGAUGAUCGUUGUUUGCGACCCCUGUACAUCUCGGAUGAUGAUGUUCUUCUCGCCAUUACUCCGUCUUUCAGAAUUGUUUUGUGUGAUUUAAAGGUGAAAUACGUCUUAUUAUUCCCCAUGAUUGUUGGCGGCUUUGUUGAUAAUGAUCUUUAUCUAUACUCUCAGUGUACAUAUGCAAAGAGCUUUUAUGUUUAUCAUGAAAGUUUAGUUUCGCCAUCACACUAUGCUAUUGCAAGUAGCCGCUUCAUCAAACCCGUUGCCUCUUAAACACUAGGUACAAACUACAAAGUAACAUGUAGUUCUUUGAUUUUUGUUUGUCGAUUCU